CUGGAUACGAGAGCGCUUCCUCCUGUGUCACAUUGUAAGGUAGUUUUCUAGAAAUAAACAAUGUGAUUGAAUGAUGUGAAAUGAUUACUCUGACUAUAGUCUUAAGUGAACUCAUAGAUAGAAAUAAUUAGGACUAAUAUAAUAUGGAUGAAGAAGCAGACGUGUUUGAACCGGAAAAGAAAUCAAUAGAGCUUUGCAAAUGCUUAAUAGACGGUCCAUCUUCAGAAGAAAUUGUCAUACCAGCCCGAAAACAGAAAAUUUUAACUGCUGCAGCUAGGACUGAAAGCUACUUACGUGAACGUCGCAUACCCGAGUUGAUACGGUUUAUCUUUACGAAAGUUGUCACCGAUGCUCCAAACAGGCCAAUGGUUUACUUAGAGAAACUUCUUGAUGAUUGCAUGUUUUUUCGUGCGGGCAUUGGAUUGCCUCCUGUUAUAUACGAAAACAGACAUUUGCAAGCAGUUAUAAAAAGUUUUGAUCCCGGUCAGCGUGGUUGGUUGAGCUGUGGUCAAGUUCGUCGAGCAUUUACGACAUUAGGUUUAUCGCCACCAGCGUUUCUUCAGGAAAGAAUGCCUUGUGAUGUCGUUUUUAAUCUUUUACGAAACACUCAAGAAGCCGAAUUAUUCAAUCUUUUGUCUGCGGGUAUGAAUAAAUCUCCCAUUGUAAAAAACGUAGUACCAUACACACCACUUCAUAAUGCUGUGGCCGAUAGACUUGUCCUAUUUAUGGUCGAUGGCUUACGAGCGGAGUCAUUCCUGAACUACACGACUAUGCCUUUUCUAAGAUCUAUUGCAAAUUCUCAUGGGAGAUGGGGUAUAUCACACACCCGUAUGCCUACAGAGUCCCGCCCAGGUCAUGUGGCUGUAAUAGCAGGGUUCUAUGAAGAUCCUUCUGCUAUAGUCAAAGGAUGGAAGGAGAACCCGGUUGAUUUUGAUUCAGUUUUCAAUCAAUCAUUAUAUACUUGGUGCUGGGGUACUUAUGACAUCAUUGAAAUUUUUACAAAAGGAGCUGUUACAAAUCAUAUUUUUUCCAAGAAAAUGGAUCCUUAUGAUCAAACAUUUAGUAGUGAUAAAAAUACAACACAUUUAGAUGCUUGGGUAUUUGACAAUGUGGAAAAUUUCUUUCAAAAUGCUAAAAAUGAUCAUCAUUUGUAUGAAAAAUUAAAACAAAGAAAGAUUAUUUUCUUUUUGCAUUUAUUGGGAACAGAUACUUCUGGACACACACAUAAACCUAAAUCACCAAACUUUUUGUCUACUGUGAAAUUUGUUGAUGAUGGUAUUAGCAGAAUAGAAAAAAUAAUACGUGAAUUCUACAAUAAUGACAACAAAACAACAUUCCUAAUGACUUCAGAUCAUGGCAUGACAGACUGGGGUUCUCAUGGAGCUGGGCUUGAGCAUGAAACGCAGACACCUUAUGUUCUAUGGGGUGCUGGGGUGAAGCAAACCAAACAAGUACAAAUUGAUCCACAAACUAAUCAAAUGUCCUUUGAGCACAGAUUAGACAUAAACCAGGCUGAUCUUUCUCCACUGAUGGCAACAAUUUUAUCAAUUCCAGUUCCUGUAAAUUCUGUGGGACAGAUUCCUGUAGAUUUAUUGAAUCUAACAUUAAGUGAUAAGGCCAAAGCAGUGUACAGUAAUGGUAGGCAAUUAGCAUCACAGUAUAACACCAAGAGAUUGGAUGUUGAAAAAAAUAUAUUGCCUAUUUUUCACAAGCCUUUUGAACCAUUUAGUGGGCAGAAAUAUCAAGAAAUUAUUGAAUUCACUGAGAAAAUGCUUGUUGAUGGGAUAAAAGAUAAUGAACAAUAUGAAAAACUUAUUCUUUUUAGCAAAGAAAUAAUGAACUUAAGUAUGGCAGGGCUGAAUUAUUAUCAUAAUUAUUACCAGAAACCAUUACUUGUUCUAGUCACUUUAUCAUUUGUAGGAUGGAUAGUUUGUUUAUUAAAAUUUCUACUAAUUCAAAAUAUAAAUACACAGACUGAAACAUCAAAUUUACACAAGUAUGGAGUUAUAACAGUUAACAAACCAGUUAUUUUAUUAUUAUUUAUGACAAUGUCGUAUUUAAUUUAUGUACAGAAUUUACCAGUGCAGUAUUAUCUGUAUGUCUACAUGCCAGUAUUAUUAUGGAUUUAUGCUUUAUCACCUUUGGAUGUUUGGUCAAAGUUAUUUAAAGAUUUUGUUAAAAGAAGACUGUGUGGAAAAGUAGCGGAGAUAGUGUGCUAUGUCUUGGGUUCUUUGGCAUUGGGUAUGUCAUUUACGCAUCGAUGGAUGCUGAGUAUUCCUCUACUGGGCAUGGGACUGUGGCCAUUUUUUUUGUCGACGAGAUCAAAAUUUACAAAAUCGAUGCGCUAUAUGUGGCCUGUCGGUUGUAUUUUACUUAGCAUUUUUUCUUUUACACCAGUUGUAGGUAAAAGUACCUAUAUAGAAUUAGUGAUCAUUGCUGGAGUUAUAUGGUUGAUAAUACUGUUAAUGUAUAUCUAUAAGAUUAUUUUACCAGUCCAUGGUACAUAUAAAAGAGAUUUAAUUCUAACUGUGGUACAAUUAGUAUUGCUGAUACUAGCUUUACAAAACAUUUAUGUACAAUCAAUAAGGUUUGAUAGAGGCUCUCCAGUGUCCUACACAUAUCAGACAUUAGCUUGGGUAAUUUCAGCAACAUCAUUGGUAUUACCUGUUGCAUUUUCAAAGAGAUUAAUAUGCCGACUGAUGGCAGUAAACACAUCACUAAUAAUAUUUUAUCUUUUAUUGUCGGUGUGUCACGAGGGUUUAUUUAUGGUUGCGUUGAUCAUGAAUGUAACAUGUUGGUUAUUAAUAGAGUUUAGAUUUCUGGAAAUAAAGAAAUUAAAGAUAAUGGAUUUAGCUUUUGAAGAGACAGAUGAGAGAACAACACAUAUAAUUUCUAUCGAACGCAGUAUUAGCAAAGAAGAUUUUAGGCGAUCAUUUAUAUUUAUUUUUUAUAUUAUUUUAGCAUUUUUUGGAACAGGUAAUAUAGCAUCACUGAAUUCUUUUGAAGUCAGAUGGGUCACAUGCUUUAUAACAUCAUUCAAGCCUUUCAUUAUAACUGUGCUAAUAAUGUUGAAAACUUUAGCACCAUUUAUGGUAGUAGCAUGCAGUUUUAGAGGUAUUCAGAUUUUGACAAAGGCACCUACUGGAUAUUUGAACAUCAUAGUACUAAUAUACUCCAAUAUAAUGGGCAUACAACUACUUUAUAACGUAAAGAACACUGGAAGUUGGUUGGAUAUCGGAACAUCCAUUUCACAAUUUGUUAUAGUUCAACUUGUUACUUUGUUUAUAGUAUUAAUUAGUCAAAUAGCAAAGGUAUUGACUGAUAUAAGUAUUUAUAAUGUUGCAAAUAUGAUACUAGGUAAAAGUAUUAAAAAAUAUGUGUAA